GUCGUCAUGCACCUCCGGGCUGACAACGACCGCCACCCGAGUGAGCCGAAGCCGAGGCGGAGAGCAGGAGAGCAGGAGGCGGCGUCUGUGCGCGUGCGCGUGCGCGUGCGGGCAGACAGUUCGUACUCUUUCUGGCAAGGGCUUGGCAGCAGUUUGAGGAGAACCCGAGUGGGGAAAAUAGCGUCCAAUCCCGGCGAACUCAGAAGGGGCAAUCCGCCAUGAGUUGGGGAACGGAGCUCUGGGACCAGUUCGAUAAUCUGGACAAACAUACUCAAUGGGGGAUUGACUUCCUGGAGCGUUAUGCAAAGUUUGUCAAGGAAAGGUUGGAAAUUGAGCAAAAUUAUGCCAAGCAGCUAAGGAACCUGGUAAAGAAAUACUGUCCAAAACGCUCCAAAGAUGAGGAACCGAGGUUUACCUCCUGUCUGUCAUUUUACGGCAUACUGAACGAGCUGAACGACUAUGCUGGUCAGAGGGAGGUGGUGGCAGAGGAGAUAGGCCAUAAGGUUUAUGGAACAGUGAUGAAAUAUAGCCAGGACCUCAAAACAGAACGGAAACAUCAUCUGCAGGAGGGCAGGAAGGCCCAGCAGUAUUUGGAUCAUUGCUGGAAACAGAUGGACAACAGUAAAAAGAAGUUUGAGAGAGAAUGCAAGGAAGCAGAGAAAUCCCAAAUAACCUACGAGAGGUUAGACAAUGACAUCAAUGCCACAAAAUCUGAAGUUGAGAAGGCCAAAGCCCAGUAUUACCUGCGGACUCACAUGGCGGAUGAGAGUAAAAACGAGUAUGCUGCCCAGCUACAGAACUUCAAUGCGGAGCAGUGGAAACAUUUCAACAACUCCAUACCACACAUCUUUAAGAAUCUGCAAGAUAUGGAUCAGCGUCGAACAGUGAAGCUUGGGGAGACGUACCGAAACUUCGCAGAAGCAGAACGAAGAGUCAUUCCUAUUAUUUCGAAGUGUUUAGAAGGAAUGGUUUCAGCAGCCAAAGCUGUUGAUGAGAGAAGGGAUUCUGGCAUUGUUGUGGAGUCAUUUAAGUCUGGCUUUGACCCUCCAGGCGAUUUCCCCUUUGAAGACUUCAGUCAGAAUCUAAGUCGAACAGGGUCAGAUGGGGCCAUCAGCAAUACGCCUAAAGGAGAGCGAGACGGGGCCCCGGCUCCAAGACCGGACCCAAAACACGCGAUGAGCAAAACCAAGAACAAACUCUGGCUCUUCGGGAAGAAACCAAAGUCCCCUUCUUCCUCUCCUCCGCCACCUCCUUCCUCCUCCUCCCGCCCACGAUCUUCUUCGCAAUUUUUCCCUCCGAAUCGGUUCAGCUCUGACCGAAUGAACCAGUAUCUGUCUGACAUAAAGACUACAGUACCCAGAAUUCCCCAGAACUUGAAGGGUCUGAGAAGAGGGGCUCCAUCAUUGGAGGAUUUCAGCCACUUACCCCCCGAACAGAGGAGGAAGAGGUUGCAGCAGAAAAUUGAUGAACUCAACAGCAAGCUCCAAAUAGAGAUGGAUCAGAGGGAUGCCCUGAACAAAAUGAAAGAUGUGUAUGAGAAGACUCCACCGAUGGGCGACCCCAACAGCCUGCAGCCAAAAAUAUCAGAGACCAUAUGCAACAUGGAAAAGCUCCGCUCUGAAAUCCACAAAUAUGAGGCUUGGUUGUCGGAGGUGGAGGGAAAGCAGGCCUCCAGAGACAGGCGGCACAGUGCCGACAACCACCAUCCCACUCCCCAAGGCAGAGAGAGUCCUGAAGGAAGUUAUACAGAAGACACCAGUCAGGAGCACCACACACCUCACCAGCACUCCAGUCCCCCGCAGCCGGGACAGCCCAGCACUGACCCGCAUGACUUUGAUGAUGAAUUCGAUGAUGACGACCCGCUGCCUGUCAUUGGACACUGCAAAGCUUUGUACUCUUUUGACGGUCAGAAUGAGGGAACCCUCGUCAUGGCAGAAGACGAGGUGUUGUACAUUAUUGAGGAAGAUAAAGGUGACGGCUGGACGAGGGCGAGGAAGCAGAGCGGGGAAGAAGGCUACGUCCCCACCACUUAUGUGGAAAUCACCAUGGAGAAGAACUGUAAAGGUGCUGUCACCUAUAUCUGACGCGCCAUUUGUCCUUUUUUCAUUCUCGCCAUACGUGCAUUCACGACGAGUUGGCAGAGAACAAAGGCAGAACGUGUCUGUUCAUCUGCAUGGACGUUGUCAUGUGUUCCUCUAUUUUGUUCUUUCCUCCCAUCUCUCAUUGUUCUGCCUGUCUUUUCCACUAACUGUGCAGCUGAUGCUGCAGUGGUGAGUGUCUGUUUGUUUUUGAGAGACUUUUAUUUUAUACGUACUGUACGUGAGAGACUGUACAUUGCUUCUUAUCGAUCAAAUUGUUUAUUACGUUUAGUGUAAUAUAUUAGAAACAAUCUAGUUUUGGUUUCAGCAAGUUUCUAUGUCUUGUUUUUUUUUUAUUCUAUCUCAAUUCACCACAUAAUUUGAAGUGUUCGUCUGAUUGUGCUGCGCGGGUCUUUGCGUGUGUGCAUGCAAUGUAUUCGUUUUUGCUUUAUCUGUGCCAUCUCAGCAGAUUUGGUUUAAUUGCAGUCUUGUGGUCACAACAACGUCUUCAUUUUGUUAUUGGGGCAUGAUGAUAAAUAAUUCACAGAGUUUCUCGAGCUGAGAUUUUACACUUCCCUGUAGUGUGUUUUAAGUAUAAUAGGUUAGCUUUAUAUUGUGACUACAGUCUACAUCUUUUUGACCCAAAAACAACAAAUUAGUCAUUCCCUCUACUCUCUGUUGUCACCCACCAAUCCGUAUUUCCUUGUUUCAUUGAAAAUGACAGCAGAAGCUGGAAAAUCUGUCUGCAGUGCAUACAAAUGCUAUUGGCUCUUUCUUCCUAACAAGGUGUUUUCACACCCAACAUGUCCAAAUAAGGAUGCAGCUACUUCCAAAUAUACAUAUGGGUGACUGAAUACAUGUGAACUGAUGUUGAAGUGAAACAUUGUCACAUUAAAAACUAGUUAUAAUGAAGAGGACAGUGCGGUGUGAUAUGAUUAGGAUUGAGAUGCAAUAGCGACGUUUUGCGUCCCUUCCUCCGUGUUUGUGUCUAUACUUGUCCGAUUGUGUUUUAUUAACUGACUCUCUCCUCUGUAUGACUGUGCAGGUUCCUGAGGGCUGCAGGGUGGCCAGGUGGUUUGAUUGGCUGGUGGAGGGCUCUCGCUGGUUGCUGAUUUUUGGUGGUGGGGGUGAGAAAGAGAGAGAGGGAAUGAGAAGGGCAAGUUUGCAUGUCGGCAUGCUCUCACAUCCAUAACAGCCUUCCAGGCUCUUAACAGAGGAACAGGGGAGGUCAUAAAUGGAAGAUGGCAGUCAAACUAAAUUCAAUGCCUUCAAAUAAUGGCAGCAACACUGGACUUGUUAAAAACUAACUGGGGUUGGGGGGUGUCAAGGGUGCAUAGUUUGUGUGGUCUGUUUUCACUGGUCAGUAGGGGACGUUUGUCAUGUUCCCCUUUCAGCGGUGAACCUACGAACUCAUAACCGCAAAGGGAAGCUGCUCAAAGUUUGCAUUGCACGACAGUGUUCUCUAAUUAGGCUGCAUGCGAAAGUCCAGUAAGUGAAGACACAAGCAUCUAAUUCUCAGGCGUGUAAUAUACAGGGUGGCUGAAUCACUCCUCGAUCUCCCUUUUUGAGGAACAUUCCUUUCAUGCCUUUUACAGACCACCUGCACUAAUCAGUUUGCACCCUCCAGUUGGAUUAGGUUGCUGUUUUAAGCUCAUUCUAAUUACUUGGGUUUAGACAUUUUAUUAUUAUUUAAAACGCGUGCAGCCUUUCCCCCAUUCUGGAAAUGAGGAAAAUAAGACUAAUAUAUCGCAGGCUUAAGAAAGGACGUGGAGUGUCACAUGAGCAGGUGCUCGUGUCUGGUGUGCACGCGUUACUAUUUGGUGCGCACGUUUUGCUAUCUGACGCGCACACGUUAGUAUCUGGUACACACGUUAGUGUGCGGUGUACAUGCAUUAGGAUCUCCUCCACGUGUGUUAGUAUCCGGUCCACGUUAUUUGUUCUUCUUGUCUCUUUUGGGGUCCUGUAGAUUUCAGUCUUUGCUGUCACUAACAAUAUGAGUGCCGGACUGUUUUUAAACUCCUCCCUUCUGUCAUCGUGUGUGCUCUAUUGGUGAUGCCUGCCUGCCUGCCUGCCUGAGCCACUCUGCUCCUCAUGCCUGCCUUCACGUGUCACCCACAUGAAGUUGCACGUCCCUAACACGCUCUAAAUGUCUCCCAUAACAUGAUCCGCUGUGCUCAUGUGGACUGACCGGUCCAUUUAAUGCCUUCUUGUCACGAUAUGUGUCCAGCAUGAGUUGUAGUUAUGCGUGCGCAUCUCCCAAACAGCAGUUGGGUAACAUCAGCGUUUGAAUUCAAGACGAUCGCAGGACUAUCUACCACCCUGCCUCGGGUCCUUUUUCUUCCUCUCCCCUUCCCCGAUGUAGCCACUUGACAUUCCCCACCAAACUGCAAGACCGCUCCUCCUUGAAUACCAUCAACAAAAAGAGGAGCUCAAGUGUCUCUGCACACGAUUCUGCCUUUAAGCCUUACUGUGUUAUCUGCUGUGGGGGCUCAGGUGUCUGCUCGUCUACCUGACUACAUCUCCCAUCAGCUCGUCAUCAGCUGCCACCGCACACCUGGCGGGACCCGUAGCCGAAUCUUCAUUGCCGUUUAAUCAUUUCUACUUUGGAAUGCGCGUGCGUCACUGAUGUGUACACACAUUUAAUAGAAGAACCGACAGCAUUUUUUAUUUUUUUAAAAAAACCCACCAGCUAAGUGUGGUGUUCAAGUGCACGUGUUAGUUUUUAAUUAAAUGACUUGUACAUAUUAACAUCUUGUAUGUCCUGUUUGAAUGUAUUUCCACGGUGAUUGUGUUUCGGUUUGUUCAACGGAUUGAUUGAUUGAUUAAUUGACCCUCUUCGGAAGACAAUGAGGUUUGAAAUAGAACCGAUGCACUUUGGCCCCGAAGUACUUCAGCGUUUGCAUUUGAUCAACUGAAAGAAUGAAUGAUUCAGUGAUCAUCUGUAUUCUCUCUAGAGUGCGGGUUGAACAUGCGUGUUGCAAUGCAGACCAAAAUGAAACCUCUGGUGAAUUUAUUAUUAUUAUUUUUUUAAAAUCUCCUUCGAUUUUUCUACUCUUUUUAUACCAACUGUCAUAAACAGCUUUUGCAUGAUUUCACCUUUUCAAUCAAUUUCUCACGGUUGUUUUAAAAAUGCUUCUAUGGUGUUUUAUAAUCACGUGACUGCGGGCGUUCAGUUGACUAAUUCUCAGCAAUCAAUCUUCCCUCUGAUGCUGUUUUAGGACAAACUAAUAAUGUUGCUCAAUGUAAUCAUAAUAAGAUGUGGCCAAGCCGCAGUCUUUUUAUUUCUUUUUUUUAAACUGUGAAUUGUGCAAAAUGAUGCUAUCAAUGCUACUUAAACAUCCCCCAGCCUUAUUAAUCUAUGUAGCCACCUCUUUAUAAAGCAGUUGAUUUUUAAAGGUCCCUUUGCUAAAGUUUAGAGGACAAAAUAUCUAUUUUCUUACUGUGGACCCUAAUUACCUUCAAGCAACAAUGCCGAUUAAGUUGUACUUAGACCCUUCCCUUGUCUUGUAACACUCACAUCUGCCAAACUCCAUACGCUCAGUGUACAACCCCAAUUCCAAUGAAGUUGGGACGUUGUGUUAAACAAAUAAAAACAGAAUACAAUGAUUUGCAAAUCAUGUUCAACCUAUAUUUAAUUGAAUAUACUGCAAAGACAAGAUAUGUAAUGUUCAAACUGAUAAACUUUAUUGUUUUUAGCAAAUCAUUAAUCAUUAACUUAGAAUGUUAUGGUUGCAACACGUCCCCAAAAAGCUGGGACAGGGUCAUGUUUACCACUGUGUUACAUCACCUUUUCUUUUAACAACAUUCAAUACACGUUUGGGAACUGAGGACGCUAAUUGUUGAAGCUUUGUAGGUGGUGUUCUUUCCCAUUCUUGCUUGAUGUACAGCUUCAGCUGUUCAACAGUCCGGGGUCUCUGUUGUCGUAUUUUACGCUUCAUAAUGCGCCACACAUUUUCAAUGGGACACAGCUCUGGACUGCAGGCAGGACAGUCUAGUACCCACACUCUUUUACUACGAAGCCAAGCUGUUGUAACACGUGCAGAAUGUGGUUUGGCAUUGUCUUGCUGAAAUAAGCAAGGGCGUCCAUGAAAAAGAUGUUGCUUGGAUGGCAGCAUAUUUUUCUCCAAAACCUGUAUGUACCUUUCAGCAUUAAUGGUGCCUUCGCGGAUGUGUAAGUUACUCUUGCCAUUGGCACUAACACAGCCCCAUACCAUCACAGAUGCUGGCUUUUGAACUUUGCGUCCAUAACAGUCCGGAUGGUUCUUUUCGUCUUUGGCCCGGAGGACAUGACGUCCGCAAUUUCCAAAAACAAUUUGAAAUGUGGACUCGUGGGACUACAUAACACUUUUCCACUUUGCAUCAGUCCAUCUCAAAUGAGCUCGGGCCCAGAGAAGCCGGCGGCGUUUCUGGGUGUUGUUGAUAAAUGGCUUUUGCUUUGCAUAGUAGAGUUUCAAGUUGCACUUACGGAUGUAGCGCCGAACUGUAUUGACUGACAUUGGUUUUCUGAAGUGUUCCUGAGCCCAUGUGGUGAUAUCCUUUACACAUUGAUGUCGGUUUUUGAUGGAGUGCCGCCUGAGGGAUCGGAGGUUACGGGCAUUCAAUGUUGGUUUUCGGCCUUGCCGCUUACAUGCAGUGUUUUCUCCAGAUUCUCUGAACCUUUUGAUGAUAUUAUGGACCGUAGAUGAUGAAAUCCCUAAAUUCCUUGCAAUUGUACGUUGAGGAACAUCGUCCUUAAACUGUUGGACUAUUUUCUCACGCACUUGUUCACAAAGAGGUGAACCUCGCCCCAUCUUUGCUUGUGAAUGACUGAACAAUUCAGGGAAAAUUCUAAGUUAAUUAUUAUUUGCUAAAAACAAGAAAGUUGAUCAGUUUGAACAUUAAAUAUAUUGUCUCAAUUAAAUAUAGGUUGAACAUGAUUUGCAAAUCAUUGUAUUCUGUUCUUAUUUAUGUUUAACACAACAACCCAACUUCAUUAGAAUUGGGGUUGUAAUAGUGGGAAGAAAAAAAAAACCUCGUAACGUUGCACCUCGUAACGUUGCUUACUGUAUCAGUUUAGUAAGAGAAUUAUACUUUUAACAUGAUUAUCCCAUCCAAUAUUAAUUCUUGCUCACUUAUUGUUUAUUAAUAGUACAGACUGGUCUCCUGGCUUCUAAUGGCUUGCGUGAUUGCUUUGAAAAGAAAUUCUAUCAUCUGCUCCUUAAUCAUGUUCUUUGUAUAACACCAAAUAUUAAUUCACUUUCAGUCGUCCAGUUGCUAGUUUCGAUGUGCAAAUUAUAUUUUAAAAAUAUCGCCGAAAGAUGUCCUUUAAUUAUUAGUAACGAGUUAUGCUCAGAAGCUACAUUAGGGAAGUUGCAUAAUAAUCCUUUCAAUUUGUUUGAUUGUUUUAAAAAUAAAAACAAACAAACAAAAAACAUGAGAAAUUCGCACUUGCAAAUUGUGGCAGUGAUGAAUUGUUUUUCGUUUCUGAAAACAGACUGUCCUUCCGUCUUCUAAAUUGAAUACAGUAUACACUUUACCAUCUGGUCUACGUAGUUAUUGUGGAGUAUCGCACUAAUUGCAGAAAUAUAAGCAGAUCAGGUUUACUACAUUUGUUUUGAAUUGAACCAAGUUCUCAUACAAACUGUACUACAUAGUGAAUUACUGCUACUAUGCAGUAAAAACAUUCACGAUCCUCUUGACAUCACUUUUAUUCAAAUUGUAUUCAUCCUGUUUGUCCUGCAGGCGUUGUAAAAAUCAUGUUCGUGUACAGAUACCUGUCCUCUUGACUGUAAAAUGUAUUGAUGAAACCACCCUUCAAAGUAAAGUCUCAGUAAUCAAAACACAUAGCUACACUACUCUGUGUUUGUGCAGGUCGUCAUGUCCUAAUCAUGCUCUGUGUUUUUACCAUGUUGUAUUUGUUGUUGUCACCAAUGGCAGUACCCCCCCCCUCAUCCAUAUUCUUAUGCACACUUGUUUUUCUUUUACAUUUUGAAUGUUGUCAGACACUUUGUGGACUAAAUGCCCGUUUUCAACUUCUAAAAUAUUGCUGAAAUAAAGCGAGCAACAAUGAA